UGGAGGCUUAACCCCUGCACGUAUAUUUCAGCCGCAGCAGCACCUGCCGCCCCUGCUAAACCACCCCCCGCCAAAAAUGAUGAUGAUGACGACGAUGAUGACCUAUUCGGCUCGGACGUGGACGAAGAAGAACUCGCUCGAGCUCGAGAGGAACGCAUGGCAGCUGCGAAGGCGGCGCAGCCAGCCAAAGACAAACCUGUGGCAAAGUCCUCUAUUGUACUAGAUGUGAAACCAUGGUCUGAUGAAACCGAUAUGGUCGAAAUGGAGCAACUUGUGCGCUCCAUCCAAGCUGAUGGCUUGUUAUGGGGUAGUUCUCGCUUGGUACCGCUCGCUUAUGGCAUCAAAAAACUGCAGAUCGGUUGUGUGGUGGAGGACGACAAAGUGAGUCUGAGCACGUGGUCAACUUUUCAUGUUUAUACGAACGCUGCUGAUUUGCUGCUAGACGUUUACAGUUUGCGAUAA